ACGCGGAGGCCGGGCCAUGCGUGAGGGCCGGGGUGCCGCGGCGCCGCUGUUGCUGCUGCUUCUGUUGCUGAGCGGCGCGGGCCGGGCGAUCGGCUCCGAGGACAUCGUGGUAGGCUGCGGGGGUUUCGUGAAGUCGGACGUGGAGAUCAACUACUCGCUCAUCGAGAUAAAGUUGUACACCAAGCAUGGGACUUUGAAAUAUCAAACAGACUGUGCUCCUAACAACGGCUACUUUAUGAUCCCCUUGUAUGAUAAGGGAGAUUUCAUCCUGAAGAUUGAGCCUCCCCUGGGCUGGAGUUUUGAGCCAACCAAUGUGGAGCUGCAUGUGGACGGUGUGAGUGACAUCUGCACGAAGGGCGGAGACAUCAACUUCGUGUUCACCGGCUUCUCUGUGAAUGGAAAGGUCCUCAGCAAAGGGCAGCCCCUGGGCCCUGCAGGAGUUCAGGUGUCUCUUCGGAGCACAGGUGCUGAUGUCAAGAUCCAGUCCACAGUCACACAGCCUGGCGGAAAGUUCGCGUUUUUUAAAGUUCUUCCUGGAGAUUAUGAAAUCCUGGCGACUCACCCAACCUGGGCGCUGAAGGAGGCCAGCACCACAGUGCGUGUGACGAACUCCAAUGCUAACGCAGCCGGUCCCCUCACGGUGUCUGGCUAUAACGUAUCCGGCUCUGUCCGCAGCGACGGGGAGCCCAUGAAAGGGGUGAAGUUUCUUCUCUUUUCUUCUUUAGUGAACAAAGAGGACGUCCUGGGCUGCAACGUGUCCCCAGUGUCUGGCUUCCAGCCUCCAGAUGAGAGCCUGGUUUAUCUGUGCUACGCGGUCUCCAAAGAAGACGGCUCGUUUUCUUUCUAUUCCUUGCCGAGUGGGGGCUACACUGUGGUGCCGUUCUACAGAGGGGAGAGGAUCACCUUCGACGUGGCACCUUCCAGGCUCGACUUCACCGUGGAGCACGACAGCCUGAGAAUCGAGCCCGUGUUCCAUGUCAUGGGCUUCUCUGUCACUGGGAGAGUAUUGAAUGGACCUGAAGGAGAAGGCGUCCCAGAGGCUGUGGUCACCCUGAACAACCAGAUUAAAGUUAAAACGAAAGCCGAUGGCUCCUUCCGCCUGGAGAACAUCACCACAGGCACGUACACCAUCCAUGCCCAGAAGGAACACCUCUACUUUGAGAUGGUCACUAUCAAGAUUGCACCCAACACCCCGCAGCUAGCCGACCUCAUCGCCACAGGGUUCAGCAUCUGUGGUCAGAUAUCCAUCAUCCGCUCCCCCGACACCGCCAAGCAGAUGAGUAAAUACAAAGUGGUCCUGUCGUCUCAAGACAAAGACAAGCCUUUGGUCACCGUGGAGACUGAUGCGCAUGGGUCCUUUUGCUUUAAAGCAAAACCAGGGAGCUACAAAGUCCAGGUGGUGGUACCUGAGGCCGAGACCAGAGCCGGGCUGAUGCUGAAGCCGCAGACGUUCCCUCUCACCGUGACCAACAGGCCUGUGAUGGAUGUGGCCUUCAUGCAGUUUUUGGCAUCUGUUUCUGGAAAAGUCUCCUGUUUGGACACCUGCGGUGACCUGUUGGUGACCCUGCAGUCCCUGAGCCGCCAGGGUGAGAAACGCAGCCUCCAGCUCUCUGGCAAGGUCAACUCUAUGACUUUCACGUUUGACAAAGUGCUGCCUGGGAAAUACAAAAUCAGCAUCAUGCACGAGGACUGGUGCUGGAGGAACAAAAGUCUGGAAGUGGACGUUCUGGAGGACGACGUGUCUGCAGUGGAGUUCAGGCAAACGGGCUACAUGCUGCGCUGCGCUCUCUCACAUGCCAUCACUCUGGAGUUUCACCAGGAUGGAAAUGGCCCUGAGAAUGUGGGGAUUUACAACCUCUCCCGAGGAGUCAACCGCUUCUGCCUGUCCAAGCCGGGUGUGUACAAAGUCACCCCUCGCUCCUGCCACCGGUUUGAGCAAGCCUUCUACACCUAUGACACGUCUUCGCCCAGUAUCCUGACGCUGACGGCCAUUCGACACCAUGUCCUCGGAACUAUCACCACCGACAAAAUGAUGGAUGUCACGGUGACUAUCAAGUCGUCCAUCGACAGCGAGCCGGCCUUGGUGCUGGGACCGCUCAAGUCUGCGCAGGAGCUGCGGCGGGAACAGCAGCUGGCAGAGAUUGAGGCCCGCAGGCAGGAGAGGGAGAAGAACGGCAGAGAAGAGGCUGAGGAAGGCAGGGCCAGGCCUCCUGGGCAGGAGAUGGUGGACGAGCUACAGGGCCCCUUCUCCUACGACUUCUCCUACUGGGCCCGGUCUGGAGAGAAAAUCACUGUCACACCCUCAUCCAAAGAGCUCCUCUUUUACCCCCCGUCCAUGGAGGCCACUGUCAGUGGAGAAAGCUGCCCGGGGAAGCUGAUUGAGAUCCAUGGGAAGGCUGGCUUGUUCCUGGAAGGCCAGAUCCACCCGGAGCUGGAGGGGGUCGAGAUUGUCAUCAGUGAGAAGGGGGCAAGCUCACCCUUGAUCACCGUCUUCACUGAUGACAGAGGUGCCUACAGUGUUGGCCCCCUACACAGUGACCUGGAGUACACCGUGACCUCGCAGAAGGAGGGCUAUGUGCUGACUGCCGUGGAAGGAACAGUGGGCGACUUUAAGGCUUAUGCCUUGGCUGGUGUGAGCUUCGAGAUUAAAGCGGAAGAUGACCAGCCCCUCCCUGGGGUCCUCCUAUCCCUCAGUGGUGGCGUGUUUCGGUCCAACCUUCUGACCCAAGAUAAUGGCAUUCUGACGUUCUCAAACCUGAGUCCUGGCCAGUACUACUUUAAGCCCAUGAUGAAGGAGUUCCGCUUUGAGCCAUCCUCGCAGAUGAUAGAGGUCCAGGAGGGGCAGAACCUGAGGAUCACCAUCACUGGCUUCCGGACGGCCUACAGCUGCUAUGGCACGGUGUCUUCUUUAAAUGGAGAACCGGAGCAGGGUGUUGCAGUGGAAGCUGUCGGGCAGAAGGACUGUAGCAUCUACGGAGAAGACACUGUGACAGACGAGGAGGGGAAGUUCCGGUUGCGUGGACUGCUGCCAGGGUGUAUGUACCACGUGCAGCUGAAGGCAGAAGGCAAUGACCACAUCGAGCGGGCACUGCCCCACCAUCGGGUGAUCGAGGUUGGGAACAAUGACGUGGAUGACGUAAACAUCAUAGUUUUCCGGCAGAUCAACCAGUUUGACCUGAGUGGAAACGUAAUCACGUCCUCCGAGUAUCUUUCUACUUUGUGGGUGAAGCUCUAUAGAAGUGAGAACCUGGACAACCCCAUCCAGACGGUGUCGCUGGGCCAGUCACUCUUCUUCCACUUCCCACCGCUGCUCCGCGACGGCGAGAACUACGUCGUGGCUUUGGACUCCACGCUCCCCAGAUCCCAGUACGACUACGUCCUGCCGCAGGUUUCCUUCACCGCAGUGGGCUACCACAAGCACGUCACUCUGGUUUUCAGUCCCACGAAGAAGCUCCCUGAGCAAGACAUUGCACAGGGGUCCUACAUCGCCCUGCCCCUGACGCUGCUGCUCCUGUUGGCCGGCUACAACCACGACAAGCUCCUUCCUUUGCUGCUGCAGCUGACGAGUCGUCUUCAGGGAGUCCGAGCACUUGGCCAGGCGGCCUCCGACAGCAGCGGCCCAGACGACAUGAAGAGACAAACCAAGAAACAGAAGACCAGGCGCACGUGAGGAGGAAGGAGGUCCUGUCCCCCGCAGAUGGCAUGGCCAGGGCUGCCACCUGCCUGGGAACAGAGGCGCAUACAUAUUUGCUCACUUCAGGCAGGCCCCGGGCCCUGGGCCCCCUCUGUUGGUGUCCUGCCUGCCUGUCCUGUGUAGCCCUGUGGUGCAAUGCGACGAACGGACCCUCCUGUCACCCUGCUGAACACAAUUUAUUUUCUGAGUUGGAGAUAAUUUAUUAUUAUUAUUUUUUGUCAAAGAAGUAUUUAAG